CACCUGUCAGUGUUGACCCAGCAGCUGCACUAUAGCCUGGCCAACAGCACCCUGCUACAGCCCCUCUCCCGGGGAUCCAUGCUGGCACUGGCCCUCAUCACCCUGGAGCUGGAGAAUAUCUGCCCUGACUGGCUGGCUCUCACCAUCCUCCUGCUCAGGAAAGCACAGGUACUAAACUUUCACUAUCCUCCUGCUCAGGAAACGGGUACUAAACUUUCACUAUCCUCCUGCUCAGGAAACGGGUACUAAACUUUCACUAUCCUCCUGCUCAGGAAAUGGGUACUAAACUUUCACUAUCCUCCUGCUCAGGAACAGGGUACUAAACUCCACUACCCCUGCUUAGCGAAAGCACGGCUAACCUCUCCCGGGUCAGCGGCACUGCCCUAUCCCCGGGCUAGGAAACUGGGACUGGACUCUCACCUAUCCUCCUGCUCAGGAAAGCACAGGUACUAAACUUUCACUAUCCUCCUGCUCAGGAAACAGGUACUAAACGUUCACUGUCCUCCUGCUCAGGAAACAGGUACUAAACGUUCACUGUCCUCCUGCUCAGGAAACGGGUACUAAACUUCACUAUCCUCCUGCUCAGGAAAUGGGUACUAAACUCUCACUAUCCUCCUGCUCAGGAAGCACAGGUACUAAACUCUCAAUCCUCCUGCUCAGGAAACAGGUACUAAACUUCACUGUCCUCCUGCUCAGGAAACGGGUACUAAACUUCACUGUCCUCCUGCUCAGGAAAGCACCGGAAGGCCUGCAGUACAGUAUGUUGGCAUGUUUAGAUAGGGGGCAGUGAGGCAGUGAGGGCUUCUACCUACAGUCCAAUCUGACCCACUGCCUAUCUAGGUGAUUCCACACCAGGGGAGUGCAAAAUUAGUUUUGGUAUCUCAGAUUGUUCUGGAAAUUCUCACAUAGGAACUUCAUUGGGAGGAAGGAUGUUUAUCAAAAGAGGACCAUCGCGCUCUCCCAGAAGUUUGACUGGUGUGUAAAACCCAUGAAAUCGGAUAAAAGGGUAUGAUGGGUCCGCACUCGCAAAGCUUCCUUCAUCUUUCACUUGUUUUCUUCUUUUCACGGCAUCAGGGAUCGCGUGCAGACGUUUCAGCCUAUCAGUGUGUAGGUACAAAUCUUUUUCAUUCAGAACAGCAUUCGGAGGGAACACAGGGGAGCGACCGAUGGGCAGCAGCUGCUUCUCAUCAGGGUUGUCACUGUAAAAAUGUAUGCACGCAUGACCGUAAGGAAUCAGCCCAGAACUACACGGGAGGAUCCUGUGAAUGAUCUCAAGGCAGCUGGGACCAUAGUCACCAAGAAAACAAUUGGUAACACACUACGCCGUGAAGGACUGAAAUCCUGCAGCGCCCGCACGGUCCCCCUGCUCAAGAAAGCACAUAUACAGGGCCGUCUGAAGUUUGCCAAUGAACAUCUGAAUGAUUCAGAGGAGAACUGGGUGAAAUUGUUGUGGUCAGAUGAGACCAAAAUGGAGCUCUUUGGCAUCAACUCAACUCGCCGUGUUUGGAGGAGGAGGAAUGCUGCCUAUGACCCCAAGAACACCAUCCCCACCGUCAAAUAUGGAGGUGGAAACAUUAUGCUUUGGGGGUGUUUUUCUGCUAAGGGGACAGGACAACUUCACCGCAUCAAAGGGACGAUGGACGGGGCCAUGAUCCGUCAAAUUUUGGGUGAGAACCUCCUUCCCUCAGCCAGGGCAUUGAAAAUGGGUCGUGGAUGGGUAUUCCAGCAUGACAAUGACCCAAAACACACGGCCAAGGCAACAAAGGAGUGGCUCAAGAAGAAGCACAUUAAGGUCAUGGAGUGGCCUAGCCAGUCUCCAGACCUUAAUCCCAUAGAAAAUCUGUGGAGGGAGCUCAAGGUUCAAGUUGCCAAACGUCAGGCUCGAAACCUUAAUGACUUGGAUAAGAUCUGCAAAGAGGAGUGGAACAAAAUCCCUCCUGAGAUGUGUGCAAACCUGGUGGCCAACUACAAGAAACGUCUGACCUCUAUGAUUGCCAACAAGGGUUUUGCCACCAAGUACUAAGUCAUGUUUGGCAGAGGGGUCAAAUACUUAUUUCCCUCAUUAAAAUGCAAAUCAAUUUAUAACAUUUUUGACAUGCAUUUUUCUGGAUUUUUUUGUUGUUAUUCUGUCUCUCACUGUUCAAUUAAACCUACCAUUAAAAUUAUAGACUGAUCAUGUCUUUGUCAGUGGGCAAACGUACAAAAUCAGCAGGGGAUCAAAUACUUUUUUCCCUCACUGUAUGUGCCAGGCGCACCGGUUUGAGUGUGUCAAGAACUGCAAUGCUUCUGGGUUUUCACGCUGAAUAAUUACCCUUGUCUAUCAAGAAUGGUCCACCACCCAAAGGAUAUCUAGCCAACUUGACACAACUGUGGGAAGCAUUGGAGUCAACAUGGGCCAGCAUCCCUGUGGAGCGCUUUCGACGCCUGGUAGAGUCCAUGCCCCGACGAAUUGAGGCUGUUCUGAGGGCAAAAGGGGGUGCAAGUCAAUAUUAGGACAGUGUUCCUAAUGUUUUGUCCACUCAGUAGGUCUAAAAUGGCCAGAAAUUGCCACUUUCAUCAUGAUUUUCUCAAAAAUUGUUUGUGAUACGAAUGUAAAAAGAAUGUCAAACAUCCUUCCUCCCAAUGAAGUUCCUAUGCGGGAAUUGUCAGAACAUUCUGAGAUGCCAAAAAUAUUUUCUGCUGUCAUGGAAUAACCCCAAUCUCUCUUUCUCUUACCACCUGUUCAAUAGAAUCAGAACAAAAAGUUUAGGGAUGUUUUACAUGAUGUUGUAGUCCCUCCCACGUAUUUUAAUCACGCUUAAAAAAAAAAUAAAAUGUCAGUGGUAUUUUCAGGAUGCCUCUGGGAACCGUUGCUGUCCAUUGGAUGCAUAAUAUAGUCAGCCUGUGUGUUGACUCAUUUUACAUUUACAUUUUAGUCAUUUAGCAGACGCUCUUAUCCAGAGCGACUUACAGUUAGUGAGUGCAUACAUUUAAAAAAAAAAAAAAAUUAUACUGGCCCCCCGUGGGAAUCGAACCCACAACCCAGGCAUUGCAAACACCAUGCUCUAUCAACUGAGCUACAUCCCUGCCGGCAAUUCCCUCCCCUACCCUGGACGACGCUGGGCCAAUUGUGCGCCGCCCCAUGGGUCUCCCGGUCGCGGCCGGCUGCGACAGAGCCUGGAUUCGAACCAGGAUCUCUAGUGGCACAGUUAGCACUGCGAUGCAGUGCCUUAGACCACUGCGCCACUCAGGUCAGACUCUAACCACGUUUCCAUCCACAGUUCUUAUGUGAGUAAAGUCAAACUGUAUUUUUUUAUUUAUUUUUUAAAUCACUACAGCUGUGAUGGAAACAGGAAGUUUCGGUACAAUUUUAUAAAUGGCGACAGAUAAUUUGUUCGUUCGACAUGGUGGGAUCUUUUUGUGUCGGUAAAAUUAAUUAUGUGAAAAAUGGCGGUGGAAACGCCUUUAUGUGCAAAUGUUGAUAACCAUCAUAUCGAAGUAAUCUUGGAGUCACGUGAUGAUAUGGUGUGUGGUCCUCCCACUACGAGUCGGGAAACCAUGCAGUUUAUCAGGCUACAGAUGAAAUAACUUCUGAGGAACUUCACAGGGUGGUGAAAGUGCACGAUGAUGAGUUUCAUUCUCCUUUCCCAAUACAUGUUGAGGGUCUUAUUCUGGUGACAUGAUGAUCGAUGCUUGGCUGCCGUUUUGACAAAUAGAAAUAUUCACACUCUUAUCCAUAAUAAUGAUUGUGAAUGCGCAUAUUUUCUUGUGGAUUUUAGAAUAUUUGCAUGAAAAUCUGUCGCCAAUUGGAUGGAAACCUAGCUAAUAACAUUAUGAUCAAGACUCGUUUAUCUCCCCCUCCUAGAUCGACAGUUCUCAGCUGAUCCGCUGUCGAGAGCUGGUGUCACGUCACCUGUCCACACAGGAAGCUUCCCUGCCUCCCAACACUGUGUACAUCUACCAGCCCCUGGAUCCGGACCCCUGCAACCCGAGAAGAGAGUUCAACACCAGGCUCCCCUCCCCAUCCACGGCCCCCAGGGACAGGAGCCUCUCCUGGGUCUCCUCUACCGCUACCAGCCUGCUCCGGGUCCACGGGCCACCCAAGCCAAGCCACCACUCCCACCAAGUCCACCUGCGCUGCAAGCACUCAGCCAAGCGCAAGGUGAGAGCUUGGCUGCUUCAUCAACCGGAGUAAAGUAUUUUAACACCUACCUAGCUACUGUGCAUUCGGAAAGUAUUCAGACCCCUUGACCUUUUCCACAUUUUGUUACGUUACAGACUUAUUCUAAAAUUGAUUAAAUAGUUUUCCCCCCCCCCCCUCAUCAAUCUACACACAAUACCCCAUAAUGACAAAGCAAAAACCGUUUUUUAGACAUUUUUGCAAAUGUAUUAAAAAUAGAAAACUGAAAUCACAUUUACAUAAGUAUUCAGACCCUUUACUCAGUACUUUGUUGAAGCACCUUUGGCAGCGAUUACAGCCUCUAAUCUUCUUGGGUAUGACGCUACAAGCUUGGCACACCUGUAUUUGGGGAGUUUCUCCCAUUCUUCUCCGCAGAUCCUCUCAAGCUCUGUCAGGUUGGAUGGGGAGCUUCGCUGCACAGCUAUUUUCAGGUCUCUCAAGAGAUGUUUGAUCGGGUUCAAGUCCGGCCUCUGGCUGGUCCACUCAAGGACAUUAAGAGACUUGUCCCGAAGCCACUCCUGCGUUGUCUUGGCUGUGUGAUUAGGGUCGUUGUUCUGUUGGAAGGUGAACCUUCGCCCCAGUCUGAGGUCCUGAGUGCUCUGGAGAAGGUUUUCAUCAAGGAUCUCUCUGUACUUUGCUCCAUUCAUCUUUCCCUCGAUCCUGACUAGUCUCCCAGUCCCUGCUGCUGAAAAACAUCCCCACAGCAUGAUGCUGCCACCACCAUGCUUCACCGUAGGGAUGGUGCCAGGUUUCCUCCAGACGUGACGCUUGGCAUUCAGGCCAAAGAGUUCCAUCUUGGUUUCAUCAGACCAGAGAAUCUUGUUUCUCAUGGUCUGAGAGUCCUUAAGGUGCUUUCAUGUGCCUUUUUACUGAGGAGUGGCUUCCGUCUGGCCACUCUACCAUAAAGGCUUGAUUGGAGGAGUGCUGCAGAGAUGGUUGUCCUUCUGGAAGGUUCUCCCUUCUCCACAGAGGAACUCUAGAGCCCUGUCAGAGUGACCAUUGGGUUCUUGGUCACCUCCCUGACCAAGGCCCUUCUCCCCCGAUUGCUCAGUUUGGCCGGGCGGCCAGCUCUAGGAAGUGUCUUGGUGGUUCCACUUCUUCCAUUUAAGAAUGAUGGAGGCCACUGUGUUCUUGGGGACCUUCAAUGCUUCCCCAGCUCUGUGCCUCGACACAAUCCUGUCUCAGAGCUCUACAGACAAUUCCUUCGACCUCAUGGCUUGGUUUUGGUUCUGACAUGCACUGUCAACUGUGGGACCUUAUAUAGACAGGUGUGUGCCUUUCCAAAUCAUGUCCAAUCAAUUGAAUUUACCACAGGUGGACUCCAAUCAAGUUGUAGAAACAUCUCAAGGAUUAUCAAUGGAAACAGGAUGCACCUGAGCUCAAUUUCGAGUCUCAUAGCAAAGGGUCUGAAUACUUAUGUAAAAUAAGGUAUUUGUUUAUUUUUGAUAAAUUUGCUGAAGUUUUUAAAAACCUGUUUUUGCUUUGUCAUUAUGGGGUAUUGUGUGUAGAUUGAUGAGGAAUGUUUUAUUCAAUCUAUUUUAGAAUAAGGCUGUAACGUAACAAAAUGUGGAAAAAGUCAAAGGGUCUGAAUACUUUCUGAAUGCACUGUAUACUAUUGCCUUGAUUAUGAAAGCAUUUUGUUUUUAUGGUAUUAUGUUUUUGUAGUAGAGCUUUUGAGAUGACUAUGAAAAACUAUAUACAAAUUUAAAUGUAUAAUUAUAAACGAUAUAAUGUAUUAUAUCAUUAUGUAAUUAUAAAUAUUAUUAUUAAGGUGGAGGAGAUGGAGGUCGACGAAUUCUACGAGGGGAUCAAACGCCUCUACAACGAAGAGAGCGGGGGCGCUCCAGAAAGGACGGCGGUAACGGGGGAGGGGCCUCUAGGGGAGAGUAGUGUCCAGUUGGUCACCUCCCCCUGCCCCCCUCUCCAACCCGUCAGUGUCACAUAGAUAAGAGAAAGAAACCAAGGCCUUCUCUUUUAUCUGAGGUGGAAGGAAAAUAAGUCUCAGUAUUAAAUCCGUCAUGGCAAUAAUCCACCAUCCCCAGGUCUCGAUUGAGCCCACAAAAAAAGAUGCUGCUAUUUCAUAACUAUUUGUUGAGCACAAAUAUAAAAAGGAUUAAAAAAAAGAUAUAAUAUAAUGAUAUAAAUAAAAAAAUAAAAAUCUUGUCCUUAAAAAGGUCAAAUGACUUCUUCUCCCAGUGAGUCUUUCUGUGAUGAUAUUUCUCUAAUGUAAGGUCGUGUGUCAUCUUAUUUCUGUUGUUGACCCUAACUAAUCUUUCCGUUUCAAUCAGUAUAUUCAUUUUCUUUAUCUUUUUUCCUAAACAAAUCAUUCUCAGCAUGUUGUCUUUAACCCAUAACAAAACAUGUCACUUUAGAGUUUGAUUGACUGUAAAGUGUGUGUAUAACUAUGUUAACCUGAAGUACUGAAUGUUUUUUUUUUUUUUUAAAGAUUUUAUUUAGUCAAUAAUCUAAAUAUCCCCUCCACAACCUUCCUGUCUUUGUCCAAUCACAGUGUGGUGUAGUAGUUUAACCAAAGACUGGACAUUACAAGCAUUAGUGAAUCAGUUUACUCAAUGAAGCAAUAUGUGUUUAAGAUAAACAGCUUUGUUAAAAGGGUUGAGUCCCAAAUGUCACCCUAUUCCCUACAUAGUGCACUACUUUUGACCAGAGCCCUAUGGGGAAUAGGGUGACAUUUCGGAUGCCUGAUGCAACCAAGAAGAGGGGAUGAAGAUGUAGCUACCAUAAUACACCUUAUCUUUGCUGUUCAGAAACGACAUGCUGUUUUUUUGUUUUUGUUUUUUUGCCAAAAGGCUCUCUUGCUCUGGGGUGCUGGUAACUGCCUAUGUACUGCUGACAACUUGUGGCACCAAUAAAAAUAAAAAUAAAUAAAAAGUGAAAUAAUCUGUCUUUAUCAUUGUUACUGUGUAUCCAAAGUGGCUUCAUUGUGUCAUUCCGCAUAUUGCUGGACAUACAAUGUGCGUUAACUUCAUUGACUACAUUCAGAGCCUUUGGCAACAGCCGGAGCGUUUUAAAAUGGUGGGAGGCAACGCGGAUUCUAGACAGACUAAGUUAAUGUGCUCCAUUGGUAGAUCAUGGCGCUUGCAACGCCAGGAUAGCCUACAGUUUGAGAUAAGAUUCCUGCAAUGAAAGGAUUUAGGGCUGACUGCAAAGAGCAUGCGACCAGCCAACAAAGGCCGUAGGCUAUUAUUUUAACCUUCCCGUUGUCCUAGGGUCAAAAUGACCCGCCACUGUGUUGAACCAACUUUAUUUAAUUUUUAUAUUUUUUGGAUCAUUUGUGAGAAGGAGGCAGUGAUAUAAAGUAUCACUGCCUCCUUCUCACAAAUGAUCCAAAAAAUAUAAAAAUUAAAUAAAGUUGGUUCAACACAGUGGCGGGUCAUUUUGACCCUAGGAGGGUUAAACGUUUUCCACGUUUCUAAAUGGAAACGUAGCAUUAUGGUAGGUAGGAUAUUUAUGUGACCGCAUUUCUUGCGCAAUUCUUCCGGUGUGGUGAUACUGAUGGUUUGUCGGAACUGGUGUUUUGUUUACACAGCAGGUUAGAACAAUUAACGUGGACGGUUAAGAGGACUAAUGUGGCAGGUUAGGAGACGUGAGGUUAAGGUUAGCCGUAGCUAAAACGCUUCAGUUGUUAACAACUCUUAUCCCCGACGCGACAACUAGAUGGAGCUGUAAUCGUACAAACCACCAGCAGUACGACAUCUGCACGUUGCAUAGAGCUCAGGGGUUUAUUAGGCCGAUUUUUUGCAAAACGUUUCUUAAACGGAAGCAAACGAAACGGGGAGGGACAUACCUGAAUGUGUCCAAUAUAAACGGGUUCUUAAACUGUAAACGGUUUCUGUAAUGAAUUACACCAUUUAAGAACCAAACGAAGCACACCAGGGGUGUAUUCAUUACGGAAACUGUUUACCGUUGAAGAACCAAAGGAAGCAAACUAAACGGAGAGGGGGCCUACCUGAAUUACUCAAAAAAUACUAUUGUUUUCCGUUUGGAGUAGGCUUAACGGUUUCUGUUGCAAAACGUAAACGUUUACAGUCUAAGAACCAAACGGAAGCAAACCGAUAAUUUCUUUUGGACAAAUUCAGGUAGGUCCCGCCCCGUUUCGUUCCGUUUGCUUCCGUUUAAGAAACGUUUUGCAACAGAAUCGGCGUAAUGAAUACGCCCCAGGUAUGCAGGUGGAGAUAAUUGUUGUUGGCGCAGAAAAAAAACAUCUGACACUCCAUCGGACUUGGCGCAAACAGACGGAAUGGCCACCGAAUUUACUCAGGAUUCAGUGCUGUACUUUCUCCAGUGCAGCGGUGGGAGAGUGAAGAACUCCGAAUUGUUGGCGCACUUCAGAGCGUUUAUAAAGGACCACGAGAACCAGACACACAACCGGGAACUGUUUAAAAAGUUUGUUAACUCCGUGGCUGCGGUGAAACUGGAGGAGGGAGUUUCACACGUUGUAUUGAGGAAGACAUUUCUGGGGCAUGUUGCUGGAGGAGACAUCCCCGCCGGAUCCCACUCGGCAAAACCCCCCGCCGGACAACAACCUGCGAGACCGAGAGAGAGAGACCGCUCGCCGAGAGAUCCGGUAAACAGAAACCAGGAGAGAGGUCAGAAGGGAUUGAUCGAGACGCACUUGCACGUCACACAGAAAUUCCGCGUUCCACCUGGCAACACAAUCCAACUCACAGAAAAUAUAUUGGCCUCGGGUGAAAUUGUAAACAACAAUGUGGAAAGUACAAUCAACUUCGAAAAGCCUAUCCAAAGCUUCUCGGCAUAUGUGCCAGACCAUGUGCCACCUUCGGCAUCCAACAACAGAGAAGCACCAUUCCUCCCAUCUUACAAUGCAGCAAUGUCAAAGGGGUCAGAAGAUGGGAGUGGUCAGAGCUUGGAAGCAGAGUGGGAUAAAGAACCCGUGAUUCUCACUCUUUCAGUCCCAGAACUGAAUCACACAGGCGGUUACACACUUGGCAAGCGGUCAAUAGAACCAAAGAGGAAGAGGUCCUAUCCGCCCCCUGAGUUCCUAUACACAGAGGUGAAACCUCCGGCACCUCAGCCUCACCUAGCACAGGUGCAACAGAAUACAGCACAGACACAGAGGAAGACAUCUACAGCAUGGCCACUGCUCACCACUCUAGACCAUGCCAGCUCCUCUCCUUGUAUAGCUGAUGGUCACAGUCCUCCUGCUGCUUCUCCACGCGUUCCCCUUCCCCCUGACCCCCAGGUGACGAGGAGCAACGGCAACCUGGACGGCAGCCUCCACAUCCCACAGCAGCCCAGAACAAAACAAGAUGGACUUCCAGCAGCUCCACUGCACGUUACACCUGCCCCUCAGCUGAUGCGGAGCGAUGGCGGCCUCCGCCGUAGGAUCCCACAGCAGCCCAGACCAGUCCCUGACCCAGUCCCUAUCCCUGACGUUCACACCCAGUAUCCAGAGGAGAGUGGAGCUGCUGUCCCCCAGUCCAGGGUCAAGCCCCAGCCUCCCCAAUGCAGCCUACCCCUGGACUCAGCCCACCAGUACCACACUCCCACCGCAGCUAACGGUGGGUCUUCUGGUUACCCAGAGCAUUACCACCACCAGGCCAGCUCCGGCCUCUCCUCCCGUCACAGCAGCCUCCUCCUUUCCCCGUCACUGGACUCCGGGGAUGAGUGGCCCAAGGGUUCCCUUGGAGAUGAGUGGGUCAGCUAUGAAGCCCUCAACAACCAGGUUCUGUCGGGUGAGCAGCAGGGGGUCAGACUGCUCUCCCAGAUGCCCAGCGCUGAGAAGCGAGCCCCCUGCCCUCACUAUAUCUCCACCGGUUACCUUGACAAUGACGAGACGGACAGAGCAUCGUCAUGGCGACAUUCCACAGGUUAUCUCCAUGACGAUGACGGGUCAGAGUCCAACGAAUCCAUCUCUCUUCCUGGUUCGGCCCCCGAGCCCUUUAUCCGACCCACUGUCCAGCGAAUCGGCAGCCGGCCCCGCGGCCGCAUGUGUCGCAGUCUCGGAGCCGACCUGGACCGACUGUUUCCGGAGGACGGCGUCUCGGCACGGCACAACCGCCUCCACCUCCUCUCCUCCAACCUCAGCAUCAGCCACUCCUUCUCCACCCCCACCUCACGCACACCCAGCUACAGAGACCUGAGGGGGGAGAUGCGAUCCGGGGCCUCCAGUAACAAGAGCCUAAGUGGGCAUGACAGCUCCUACUUCCACCGGCAGAACCUGGUCCCCCUGGAGCCUAAGGAGCAUGACUGGCUGGUGAAGGGCGCCGCUGGAACCUGGGCCGACAUUUACACCCUGUUCAGAGAUGAACCCAGCCUCCUCACCAAGAGAGACUUCAUCACUGGUUACACCAUCCUGCACUGGAUCGCUAAACAUGGAGACCACCGGGUCCUCAACACACUCUGGUACGGAGUCAACAAAGCCGGGUUGAAACUGGACGUGGAUGCGACGACCACCUGUGGCUACACGCCUCUUCACCUGGCCGCCAUCCACGGGAACAACAAGAUGAUCCGGCUUCUGGUUCAUAAGUUCAGGGCCAACGUGGCCCUCAGGGACACUAGUGGUAAGAAGGCCUGGCAGUAUCUGGGCCAGACUGGCCCCGGGGACCUCCUAGAGAUGCUGGGGGCCCCUCACUGCUGGACCUCCACCGGGGGUAGCUCCACACUCCAGUCCUCAGGAGAGAGACCCCCAAGGCCAGCGACGUCCUCGGGCUCAGCCGCGGUGAAGAGGUCCACGUCUAUAGCAGCGUUCCUGAAUAAGACUCUAAUGAAGUUCCCAGGACGGGAAGGUUCGCAGUCACCCGACUCCUUUCUGUGA